UAUUUUGCAAACAGACUGAUUUCUGAUGCACAUGACCCAAAUUAAGGCAAACAAACCAGCGGAUCAUGCGAGUAUAUUAAAAAAACCUUUCAAAUAUAAAAUAGGAAUAUCGAGCCAUGCGUCCACAUUAAAGCUUGACUUCUGACUGUUUGAUGUUAGCUCAUCUUGGAUAUACCUGCACGUAGUAGGUUUUCAUACGCUGAACCUCUAUCUUCCAAAAUAUUGCAUUUGACCGACUCAAAAUGGGCCAGGUGUCAAAGCUGUGCUUCGUCUUGAUGGUCGUGUCCAUGGUCAGCAGUUUCGCGGGGAAAGGAUCCGGUACAGCCCUGCCUGUUCCCGGCCAAACAUGUUCAUCGCAAGGCAUUGAGUUGACAAAACAACAGGCUCUGCAAGUCAAGAAAGCGCGGGAAUCGGGAACGAUUGAAAAAAUGGCCCGAAUGAGUAGAGCCGAAUUGUAUAGUCUCACUGAGCCGAUAAUCACAGACUUUACCGAAGAUCAAAAGGAAGCUCUGAAGUGCAGGUAUGGAAAGAUAGAUGAGGAGAAGAGCUUGCAAGUGAGCUUGCUUCCUGCACCGUCAGUAACAAAAGAUAGCACUUUGUUGAUCUGCCCAGUAUAUAAUAUUCACAACGUUCUUGUUUUUGCGGUGAAUGCUGACAACGGAAUCAUUCAAAUCUUCCCGGGGCAGAAUGUGAUACAGCAACCCUGUAGAGCGACGAUGUCCCCUCAUGGCGAUAUGUCAGACGGCUCUCCGAUACACUGCCAGGGCGAGUUCAGAGUAGUCCCCGUGGUUGCUUUUCUCCUUAGUGACGAUGAAGUGGAAGGAUUCGACAUCGAGCUCGCGAUUGUCGAGUCUUGCAAAAGUGUCUUGGGAACCGAACCAUAAAUAUGACUUUGUAAAA